CUGAAGUUUGAUCUGUGCUCGGUCUCUGUCUGUUUGUGUCUGUCGGUUCCGUCCCACCGUUUGUGGGUCCGUUUCUGGUUGUCUCGCGGUGUUCGGUGUGUUGAUUGACAGUCACGGUUUGUUCGGGGUUCGCGCGUCAACGCGGAAAUGCCCUCGGUGUGGCGGUCAGACGUCAUCAAUCACUUCCAAUAACUGGUUAUUGAUCCUCGACAUGACACCAGUAACGUACUGACGUCGGUGUGACGACACACACCUGGACCGUGUCUCAGGUAGAGGUGAGCGACAGCCUUAAGUGACGUUAAAGAGUCGGUUCAGCCGAACCUUAGGUUCCAGUCUCCUCUGUGUCCUCAUGAUGUCUACACUGUGAACACUUGAGGACACAUGAGGACACAUGUCUGUCCACAGGACAGCCUCAUGUUCAGUUUAUAGACAUGUAGUCAUAACUUCAGUAUCUGUUCCGUUUGACCCUCACAGGACUCCGUACUGAAGCCCAGAGGAUACUCAUGGACUCUUACCUGUCUCUCCGCCUGUGGACAGACGCAGCUGCUGGGUACUGAAACACAUGACCUGUCCUCCACAGUGAGACAGAGUCUGCGUCUGUCUGAACCUGCAGGACACAGCAGGACACCCCAGGACCAGAACUUACAAAGACUAACUACUUUCUACAGACACACAGGAGCCAUCUGUUUAGACCUGCUGGACCUGGACUCAGUGGACCUGGUCUGUAUUAAGGACUGUUACCAAGUGGAUCAGGAUCUUCCUGGUUCGAGUCUGCAGUGAUGAAUCUGAUUAACAGUAAAGCUGCGACUGUGAUUCUACUGUCAGCUCUGCUGCUGGGAGUGUUGUACUGCUACGUUUACCUGUCCCCUUACCCCAGAGCCGUCAUAUCCUUUGAGCUGGAUGACAUCAGACAGGAGGCGGGACCUGCUGAUGUCAUCCCUGUGAGUUACGAGAUCCACCUGGUGGCUCCUGAACAUCUAAAGUACGAGCAGCCUAGCAUCGUGCAGGGCCGUAGCGACGUGGUGACAGUGACGCCUUGGUUGGCUCCUGUCGUGUGGGAGGGAACCUUCAGCCCGGUUCUACUCGACAGCAUCUACAAACCAAAGAACAUCAGCGUUGCCGCCACUGUGUUCGCUGUCGGAAAGUACAUCAUGUUCCUGAAGAACUUCCUGGAGACGGCGGAGCAGCACUUCUUUGUUGGUUUCAGGGUGCACAUCUACGUAUUCACUGACCGGCCCACUGAGGUGCCCCAAGUCAAAAUGGCCGCCGGCAGACAGCUGACAGUGCGUUCGGUGCCCAGCUCCAAGCGUUGGCAGGAGAUCUCUGCUCGCAGGAUGGAGCUCAUCCAGACGCUCAUAGAGGAGGAGCUUCGUAAGCAUAGCGACUACAUCUUCUGUCUGGAUGUGGACUCCAAGUUCCACGGCCGCUGGGGGGCCGAGUCGCUGGGCGGGCUGGUGGCUGUGAUCCAUCCAGGUUACUAUAGAGACGACCGUAGUAAUUUCCCCUACGAGCGGAGACCCGAGUCCAGAGCCUACGUGGCGUAUGGGGAGGGGGACUUCUACUACUGCGGGGGGGCCUUCGGAGGCCUCCUACAGGAAGUACAUCUGCUCGCCAAAACUUGCCGCUAUAACUUCGAGGCUGACACCAAGGAUGGCAUUGAGGCUGCCUGGCAGGAGGAGAGUCACCUUAACAGGUACAUGUGGAUCAAUAAGCCCAGUAAGGUGCUGUCACCUGAGUACCUGUGGCAGGACUUCAAACCCAGAAACCCUGAAGUUCAUGUCAUCAGGUUCUCUGGAGUCGUUAAAAACUACGCUGAGAUCCGACCCAACGUCUGAGACUCUGGACCGGAUCGCAGCAGAGUCACGGUUUGAAAGGGUUCAGAGAAACUACCUGUACACACCUGAGCUUACCCUCAACCCACCAUUUCACCUGACUCCUGGCUGUCGGCCACAGACUGAACCCCACAGAGAUAACACAGCACUUCCUUUUGUUACCCAGUGUCACAGCACAAUCCGUCCCCCCUCUCAGGUCCUGAACCUCUACUGAGCACGUGCAGCUCACUGAACCUCUGAGGCUGUCGACACUGGACUCUCUCUGACCUCCUUCUUCUUCCUAAACUAUGAACCUCAGGUGACCCACACUCAGCACUGUGCCUGAAUGCAUCAUGUGUGAAGCUGAUGCAUGACUGAAGCUGAUGUCUGCGUCGCCACUUUUCUUUUUGUUUUGAUUUUAACCUCAUUUUUAGACCAGGGAAAAUAUUGAAGUCUAACAUGUCGUAUUUUUGUUACCCCGCAAGCUACUCAGUCAGCACUCCCUCAACUACAUGGCUUUAUGCAAAUGAAUGCACAGUGAUGUUAUCAAUAUUCAAAUGAGUGUAUGUAAGGCCGUGCAAUUAAUCGUCUGGUGAUCGCGGGUACGAUUUUGAGGUGAAAGGAUUUCAAAAUUAAUGAAAUUGAGGGUAAAUGAUUUUUGGUCACGGACGCCUAGAGAUGUUGCUUGG